GUGGCUUUGUCCAAGUCAUUGUCGUUCGGCUUAGAGAGCCUCUUUGCCAAGUGAGAGGCUUUGCCGACAUAUGUCACUUCAGUGAAUCUCCCAUAGCUCCUUUAGCCGCUUGAGUGGAGGGGCGGACGAGAGGCGUUCACUGGGCGAAAAAUAAGCAACAUGAAGGGUGAGCUGGAAUGCUCACUGUCUGUUCCUGUCCGGUGUGCCUGAACUUGCACAGCACAGAUUUCUGACGCAUUUAAAUGGACUUUCAGUGCAGGUGAUUUGCUCACAGCCUAUAGGCAUCCACAGUUGAAAGAUUUCAGUCCUAUCCCUCUAAGUGUUGACAGCUAUCCGCUGAUCUAGUGGGUCAAAGCUGUGGUGCUGUCAGUAGUGUCGCUUGCUCUCCUGGACAGUCUCUGCUCAACGGCGGUGGAGUGAUGAGGUCGCUGUGGAGCUUGGGCCUUGCUUUCCUCUUGGCCUUGACCUCCUGGGCCGGAGGACUCGAUAUCCCCCUGGAAGUGGAGCAGCUACCGACCAUAACAGUGCAGACCGCUGGCCCUGUCAUUGCCUUACCCUUUGAAGGCAGUUUUUCCAUGAGAUGUGAAGCCAAAGGCAACCCACAACCAGUAUACAGAUGGACAAAAGAUGGCCAGGCCAUAGAUCCCCUCUUCGACUUGGGAGUCAAAAAAGAGAGAAACAAUGGGAGUUUUGUGAUUCAUAGCGGGCGCCUUGCGCAGUUCCAGGGGAUGUAUCAGUGCUACGCUUCAAACAAUCUGGGAACAGCAGUAUCAGAGGAAAUUGAACUCAUUGUACCAAGUACCCCAAAGUUCCCCAAAGAGAAGAUUGCCCCACUAGUUGUCAAAGAGGGCCAGCCUGUGAUUCUGGAAUGCAAUCCACCACAGGGGAUCCCUCCACGAAAGAUCUACUGGAUGACUAUUGGUCUCCAACAUAUUGAACAGGAUGAGAGGGUGUCCAUGGGCCAUGACGGAAACCUCUACAUCUCCAACGCCCUGGAGAAGGAUAGCCGGAGAGACUACUGCUGCUUUGCUGCAUUCUCCGUCAUACGGACCAUCGUUCGGAAGACAGCCAUGUCGGUGGUCGUCAAGAGCUCCUAUGCCAUUCCAGAGAGAAGACCGAGCCUUCUGGUACCCUCUGGUGUUCAGUCAGAGGUACGUCUGCUGAAAGGAGAGGAGCUGGUGCUAGAGUGUAUAGCAGAGGGAUUUCCAACUCCUGUGAUUGAAUGGACAAAAAGGACAGAGAAGCUACCGAAACGGGCAAAUCUAAAAAACUAUGGGAAACGUUUAACCAUUAAUAACAUUGAAGAGGAGGAUGAUGGGAAGUACACGUGUGAGGCGAGGAACUCUGUUGGAGUCACAGUCCACAACUUCAACGUCAUGGUGGAGGAGCCACCAAGAUGGCAGCCGGAGCCACCCAAGGGCCAGUUGGCUGUUGUUGGCUCUGACGUGCACAUCAAGUGCUCUGCCUCGGGAAUACCAAGGCCGGUUAUCUCAUGGAGGAAGAACGGACAGCCUCUGGACGAUGGCCCGUCAUCGAACAGGCAAGUGCUUGAUGACACCAUGGUGUUGCACAGGGCCAGGCCUGAGGACAGUGCCGUCUACCAGUGUGAAGUCUCCAACAGACAUGGCACCAUCCUGGCUAAUGCUAACAUCAUGAUCAUAAAUCUCCCACCUCGGAUACUGACUAAGGAUUACCAGCGAUAUUCAGUAGUGCAAGGGAGGGACAUCAUCAUGGACUGCAAAGUAUUCAGCUCUCCUCCAUCCACUGUUUCCUGGAACAAGGAUGACACUACGGAAUCUGUUGAGGGGGAACGAUUCUCAGUUUUUAAGAAUGGAUCGCUGCAGAUCAACCAGGCAGGGAAAGAAGACAGUGGGGAAUAUGUAUGUUUCGCCACCAAUUCGGAGGGAAAAUCAGCCAUCACAGCCUUGUUGGACGUCAAAGAUCCCACCCAAAUCGUGGAGCCGCCGCAGGACCUGAACAUAUUAAGUGGAACCACAGCCCAGCUUACAUGCCAAGCAGAGUAUGAUAUAUCUCUUAGGAACGAGUUUCAAAUAGUCUGGAGCAAGGAUGGGGAAGAGAUACCCCCAUUCACAGAACAGUCCAGAUAUUUUCUGGAUGAUGGAAUGCUACAAAUUAUCAAUGUAAACCAAAGCGACAAGGGAACAUACACAUGUACCGCCAGAACCAAUCUAGACCAGGACACCGCCUCUGCACUUGUUACUGUACUGGAUGUCCCUGAUGCGCCAGAGGAUGUGGAGCUGUCUGAACAAAAGAGCUGGAGUGUCCGGUUGGCCUGGGUACCCGGUGACGACCACAACAGCUCUGCCACUGAGUUCAUAGUGGAGUACGAGGAGAGUCAGUGGGAUCCUGGGACCUGGCGAGAACUCCAGCGAGUCCCUGGCAACCAGGUCACAGCUUUGUUGACAUUACACGGCCACCUGAACUACCAGUUUAGAGUGUAUGCAGUUAAUGGCAUUGGGAAAGGGCCCCCAAGCAACCCCACAGACCGAUACAAAACCCCUCCUGCAGCUCCUGAUAAAAACCCAGAAAACAUCAAAAUUCAGGGUCAUCUGCCCCAUCAAAUGGAUAUCAGUUGGGAGCCCCUAUUGCCUGUGGAGCACAAUGGUCCAGGCCUGGAGUACAAGUUGAGCUACAGGAAACUGGGAGUAGAAGAUAUCUGGAAAGAGCAUCUUGUCAAGAGACAUGCCUUUGUCAUCAAGAACACCCCCACAUUCAUCCCCUACGAGAUCAAGAUCCAGAGUCGCAACAGUCACGGCUGGGGCCCAGAACCCAAAGUAGUGACAGGGUACUCCGGGGAAGACUUUGUCUUUUGGCAUUGUUUUCGGGAUAAUGUAUCAGUGCCUACAGCUUCCCCACAGGACGUGGCAGUGGAGGUGUUGAACACCACCCUUCUCAGAGUCAGUUGGACCAGGGUUGCCCAGGCCACAUUGCGGGGUCAUCUGGGAGGCUACAAUGUGCACUGGCUGAGGAAAAGGAGUCUCCUACAUUCCAACAGAAUUCCUGAGGAGAGACAUUUCCUGACGUUCCCAGGGAACAGGAGCCAUGCCAUGGUACCUGGCCUCAGACCCUUCUCGGAGUACAGACUUACCGUCAACGUCUUUAACAAAAGGGGCAACGGCCCCAAUAGUGACCCCGUCACCUUCCAGACUCCAGAAGGAGUUCCCGAACAAGUGCCCAUUCUGACAGUGUCAAACGCCCAGAGAGACUCUAUCACCCUGGUGUGGGCACCCCCCUUUGAGGCCAACGGCAUCCUUACGGGAUAUCUCCUGCAGUACCAACUCUUAAAUGAGACGUUGGCGAUGGGGGACAUGCAGGAGGUGAACGUCAGCAGUGCCGACACCACCCAGUGGCUCCUGCAGGGUCUGGAGGAGAUGAGCAAGUACAUGUUUUACUUGAGCGCCUGCACCAGGGUGGGUUGCGGACCUCAGCGCAUGGAGGAGGGUAGCACGGUCACAGAAGCAAUCCCAGCCCUGUUUAACAUAAGCUCCUAUGUGAGUGACACCUUUGUAAAAAUCAGCUGGACUGCCGGGGACGAGCAACAGGACUCUCAGCUUUAUGUCACUUAUAUGAAUAACCGUGAAGGUAACUGGAGGAUUUCAGAAGCAGUAAACACUUCUAAGAAUUUCCACUUGAUUGACGGGCUGGAGCCUGGGACGGUGUACACUGUACGUCUCUUGGCUAAGUCACGGCUCGAUAAUGCUAGUAUUUUCGAAGACGUUAUACAGACCAGGGUCAAAGGUCUGGCCAGUCUUCACUUGGGAGUUUCCACCCAGGGCUGGUUCAUCGGGAUGAUGUGCGCUGUGGCUCUCCUCACCCUCACCGUGCUCAUCGCAUGCUUCGUGACCCGCAACAAGGGUGGCAAAUACGCAGUAAAGGAAAAGGAGGAUCUCCACCCUGAAGUUGAGUCCCAGGGCAUGAAUGAUGACACAUUCUGUGAUUACAGUGAGGACAACCCACUGAAGGCUAGCCAAUGUUCCCUGGAUCGGGGCAUGGGAGGGGACAGCGACUAUGGGGACGAAGAAGAAUGCCAGUUCAACGAAGAUGGCUCAUUUAUCGGUGAAUACUCUGGCCACAAAAACAGAGGCUCUGUAAGACCCAGCCCAGUCACUGCGUGAAGAGACAAAUGCUUCCUUCGGACUUCCCUCUGAAGGGUGUGUGACAACAAAAGGAAAUGAAUGGCAUCAUCUGUGUGAUGCAUGACAUUGAUCAGAAAUGUUAAAUUCCUGUCAAUCACAAUUGUAUAUGAUGCAUAUUUAUUUUGUACCUCCACAUUGUGACGGAUUCAUUAGGAAAUGUUUUCACAUUCUGGUAGACAGGAUUGGACAUCUGCAGUUUUAAUAUACAGUACCAGUCAAAAGUUUGGACACUUUAUUUUCACUAUUUUCUAUAUUGUAGAAUAAUAGUUAAGACAUCAAAACUAUGAAAUAACACAUAUGAAAACAUGUACUGUAGUAACCAAAAAACAAAUCAAAUUAUAUUUUCUAUUUUAUAUUCUUCAAAGUAGCCACCCUUUUUUUUACGACAGCUUGCACAUUCUUUGCAAUCUCUCAACCAGCUUCACCUGGAAUGCUUUUCCAACAGCUUUGAAGGAGUUCCCACAUAUGUUGAGCACUUGUUGGCUGCUUUUCCUUCAGUCUGUGGUCCAACUCAUCCCAAACCAUCUCAAU